AUGCGAAGAUUCUGGCUGGCUCUGCAGCAGCAGCAGCAGCAGCUGCUGCUGCUGCUGCUGCUGCUGCUGCACGGAGAAAUUUCGCCCGCGGAGGCGCAAACGGCCACCGGCGGCAACUGCGUGGAUUUGUUCCCCGCAGAUGCUGCUGUUCUUUCCUACUGCAAAAACGGCGCUUCUUGCGGCGUCAACGUUUCCUCAGGCACUUUGCUGGAGUUGGUGUGCGACUGCCAGUCGCUGCAAACCACAGAGAAGUUUUACGGGGGCCCCGACUGCAGCAUUGAAGAGAAAAUGAACUACAUCAUGGGCUCUCUGGGGAGCGACGUGCCGAACACCUGCUGGCUGGAAAACCUGCUGGGCCUCAACGCCUGGAAAGAUGCUCCUGAAGCAGCAGCAGCAGCAGCAGCAGCAGCAGCAGCAGCAGCAGCAGCAGCAGCAGCAGCAGGGGGAGGGGCGGCGGCAGCAGGGGCGGAGCGGCUGCGGGAGCCGCAGCAGCAGGAGCCGCAGCAGGAGACCGCCUGGAGCCGCAGGAGCGCAGCAGCAGCAGCAGCAGCAGCAGCGGCAGCAGAAGUGGCAGCAGCAGCAGCAGCGGAGCUUGGAGUAGCAGGAGCGCAGCAGCAGCAGCAGCAGCAGCAGCAGCAGCAGCAGCUUGUUGCUGCUCGCUGCCUCUCUUGCCGCUCGAGGCCCUGA